UGUAAACAUAUACCCAUAUUAGGAACGUCCUCCUCUACAGUCUACAUUAUGUCACUAUAUGAACGUGCUUCAGUUUCGAAAUCUUCUAAACAGCAAGAGUUUGAAGAGUAGUUGACUAACAGAAGAGAAGUUUUGAUCGAGAAGGCCAAGGAUGCACAUUUUACGGAACCUUUUGCUCGUCAUCACUCUGAUUAAUCAGAAUUAUGGAUCAACAAGUAGCCAAAAUAAGGAACUCUGUGACGUUACGUCGUUCCCAGGCAUCCUGGACUCUAUCACAAUUUUAUUUUCUCAUGUCAAAGAACAACUGCAGGACAAAGAUAAUGUAACAUUAUUAUUUGGCAUAGAGGCCAGUGGAGUAGCUCAACCAAUCCUCUCUCCUGAACCAACAGACUGUGCUGAUAUUCUACUGAGUGGACAUCGCUCAAGUGGAGUGUAUCGUAUUUGGCCAAAGUCUUGGAUGACUAUAGGGACUUUGAAUGUUUACUGUGAUAUGGAAACUGACGGAGGGGGUUGGACAGUAAUCCAGAGACGAGGAGAUUAUGGGAAACCCACUGACUACUUUUACAAAUCAUGGAAAGAUUACAAGCUAGGAUUUGGAAACAUUGAAAAGGAUUUUUGGUUAGGAAAUGACCGAAUUUUUGCUCUCACGAAUCAAAGAAACUAUUUGAUCAGGUUUGACCUAAAAGACAAAGAAAACAACACACGAUACGCCGUUUAUCAAGAUUUCUGGAUAGAAAAUGAAAACUAUUUUUACCGCCUGCACAUUAGUAACUACAGCGGAAAUGCAGGAGACAGUUUCGGACGUCACAAUGGACAUAAUUUCUCCACAAAAGAUGAAGACCAUGAUGCCCAUGGGACCCACUGUGCCCAGACGUACAAAGGAGGUUGGUGGUAUGAUCGCUGUCACGUAUCCAACUUGAACGGCCUCUACUUAAAUGGGAAACACAGCAGUUAUGCCGACGGUAUAGAAUGGCAUGCUUGGAAGGGUUAUCACUAUUCUCUCUCACAAGUUGACAUAAAAAUACGGCCAGUUGACUUUAAUAUUCCUCAAAACUAACGCUUCAUUAUCAUUCAGAGUAUUUUGACAACUUGGAAUAGUAGAAAUUAGAUUUUAAGAUAAAAAUACCCUCAAAAGUAAUAAAUUACUAAUACUAGUUUUGCAAUAUUAUGUAUUACAUGAUUAUUGAAUAUUUUUUGUUUGCAAGAACUUCCCUAUAUUUUGAUUAAAAACAAAUAAACGUU